AUGGCGGUCAUAGAGAAUCAUCAGUUGUUCCUGACCUUAUUGGUCUUUUCUAUAUCUUUUGUUUAUGGCCUAAAACCAGAGACAAUCCUCCGACACAACGAAAUGUGCAAGAAGUUCGCCGUCGAUCCAUAUUUUGAGACAGAAAUGGUUGUGGGCAAACCCUGGCGGAUCUACUAUACGUGGAACAUGAAGCUGGAGAAUAAGUGUCUGGAUAUGGUCUUCAAGAAUGCUACUCCUAGGAUCAUCCAGCGCAUCUGGAACGACAUGUACGAGUACUUGGAACAGCAACCCGCUUGGGACGCCGCGACCCUGCACGCCACCAUGGGGCGUGCGCGUCAUGAGAUUCUGAUGUUUGCGGAGCAGGGCCCUGCUGGGAGCUUCACGGCUGUGCCUAAUGUUAUACGGGAUGGCAACAUAUCACCCACCAGGUCAGCAGUGCCGCUCCUCAAAUUCCAGCUCAAACUGGUCCGCAACGGCAAGUUCCUGAUCAUGAUGGACUGUCAAAUGGGAGUGUCAUCGCUGUCAGCGCGUUCUGACCAUCCGCCGUACCGUUCUGAGAUCCUGGCUGCCACUGCGCAUCUAGAUCUUGGAGACGGCUUCCCAUCCUGCGUCAGCGAUAAGAACAAGGACGAACGGUUUUUGGUGAAAUAAAUGUGAUAUGAG